CAGGUUGUGGCUGUGGAGUAGGGAGGCGGAUCCAUGCCCGUCCCUGUUCUGCCUCUGUUGCUUCAACAGGCUCUAUAUCAACAAAAACCCUCUGCUGCCAGCUUGCAAGCUCGUGAGCCCCGUGUGCAUCUUAAAUUUUUUUUUUUUUGCGUGUGCAUUCAGACAGCGGGGUGCGCACGUGUGCGCGUGUUUUGCACGUGUAAGCAAGCGCGCGCGACUGUACACACUCCUUCUGGCGCUCACCUGAGGACAUCCUUCCCUUCCAUCUGGCUCCAGCCAACUUCCAUCUCAGAUCCCAUGCCCACAGCCAUGCCUCGCAGAUUCACCCUCGGCCUUCUGGUCUGGAGCUGCGGCCUGCUCGUCCAGAACUGCGCAGGGCAAGAGGGAGAAUGCCAGUGUAACCUGAGCCACGGGCGGUGUGACGAGAGCGGCGUGUGCAGGUGCGAUCCAGGCUGGGAGGGACCCCAGUGCGAUGACUGCGCGCGAAUGCCAGGCUGCGUGCAUGGCUCCUGCCACCAGCCCUGGCAGUGCACGUGCGAGAACGGUUGGGCUGGACGUUUCUGUGACAAAGAUGUCUUGGUGUGCACCAAUGAGCAGCCCUGUCAGAACGGAGCCACCUGCUUCACCAAUGACAGCGGGGAUUACUCCUGCUUCUGUCCGGAGGGCUUCCACGGCAGGAACUGUGAAAUGAAGGCGGGGCCUUGCCAGAGGGCCAGGUCCCCCUGUAAGAACGGCGGCCUGUGCGAGGACGACGGCGGCUUCGCCCCGCGGCUGUCCUGCCGCUGCCUGGCGGGCUUCGUGGGGGCGCGCUGCGAGGCGGACGUGGACGACUGCCUGAUGCGCCCGUGCGCCAACGGCGCCACCUGCGUGGACGGCGUCAACCGCUUCUCCUGCCUGUGCCCGGCGGGCUUCUCCGGCCGCUUCUGCACCGCCAACCAGGACGACUGCGCCAGCGCGCCCUGCCGGAACGGCGGCCGCUGCCUGGACCGCGUCGGCGCCUUCCGGUGCGUCUGCCCGCCGGGCUUCGCCGGGAGGGCCUGCGAGCGGUCGCCGCGGCAACCGGGCGCGGAGACACGCCCCCCCCCCACGCCCUGGGUCUCCCCCGGGUGGACGGGCGGAGGGGGGGGUGGAGGAGGCGGAGGAGGGGGCGGGGCCACGGCGGGUAACUCCUCCUCCUCCUCCUCCCAGCGGGUGACGUCGGGCGGCGGCGUCGGCGGCGACGAGCGGCUGCUGAAGAUCUCGGUGAAGGAGGUGGUGACUCAGCGAGGGGCGGGGCUGACGGAGGAGCAGCUGGUCACGCUGCUGGUGCUGGGGGGCAUGACCCUGGCCGUGGUGGCGCUGACGGCCGUCCUGGUCCUCCGGGGGCACUGGCAGGAGCGCUGCGGACACUGCGACCCCCACCGGGCCCGCCCCGCCCCCGACCCCGCCCCCGCCCCCAGCCCCGCCCAGCAGGAGUGCAAGAUCAGCUUCCUGCACCAGCCCAGUCCCAAAGUGGAAAAAAAGAGGCUCAACACGCAGGUCAUUUAGCCCCCCCCCCCCCUCAUCCUGCUACCUGAAAGCCUGGUAGAGACUGGUUGGUGGACCUGCUGCUUGGGUGAAGGCCGCGCCCUACGCCUGCCCUCCCCCUCUCUCCGAUUGGCCAAAUGGCUCAGGGGGCGGGGGUCACUGGAGAGACUUUAAAAGGGCACUUCUUUGCUCUUGUAAAAGACGGGGGGAAAUCAACAAACUGUCCUGGGACGGAAGAGCUGAGCUCUGCAAACGGAACUUAUUUGGGAGAGAACGGCGGAGGCAGUGAAGUAAAAUGUGAAAAAAUGUAACAAACAAUCAACAGAAGAAUGUGCAAAGAACACGGAGGCACAUUGCAAUUCUGUGAAAAAUGAUUACUGUCGCUGUCCAUCUUCAAAUUAGUUGCCAGAGUUUUUUUUCUUCAAUGCACUGCAGCCUCAGAAAGCCAAGAUUGAUAAAAAUGACAUUUUUUUACAGCCAAGAACAAUUGCCUUUGACAUUGAAUAUGACAUUACCAUAUUCACAGAAUAUCCCAGAGUCCGUUAUGUUCCAUUAUGUCUGAAAUAAAUAAAAUACAGGAAAUGUUCUGUUCAAAUACACGCGUAAGAACGUGUUCUCAUAUACAGGGCAAAGCAUAUCCCAAAAGAAUACUUCUAAUAUGUGUAAUAAUAGUGGGAGUGAGAAACAGAUUUCUUGUCUUGUUCAGGUUGAAAAACAUAUUCAGAAUAUCUGAAUAUCUCCAUCCAUUUUCGGAAACGUAUAGUCUGUGCUCUUAUUUAUUUUUGAACCAUUUUCUGUACCAUCAGUGAUUUUUAUACUUUUGUUAGAAGCGAUUACUGUACUGUAUGUACGGUCAGGUUUAGCUGACAUAGCUGCACGAUGCUGCAGUCGGAUUUAAAGUGACUUUGCAGCACUGAAGGAGGAUGAAUGAGCACAUCGUCCGUGUGCAAGUAGAGAAUCCUGAAGAACAGCGUUGUAGGCGACAGUAUUUCAAAGCUGUAAAUGUAAUUUAUUCUUGUAAUUUAUUUUGUGAAUCGUGUAAAAGCUGUACAUGGUCUCUUUUUGGAAUUUUUUUUUGUUGUUUUUUUUGUUCCUAUUUUUGAUACUGAACGUGUGCAAUUAAAACUGUGAACCAUUUCUUA